UUGGCCCUCGACUCUCGGCAUAUUUAGCCAAUCCUGUCUUCUACGUUUAAUGACGCACAGAGAUCUCCAUUUGUAAUUCUUGUGCUCACACUCACACUUGUGAUCAUGGCUUCCAAACUUUUUCCAUCUCUUGCUGCCACUGCUUUUGCUGCUAUGCUGUUGUAUCAUUUCUUGAAGAGAAGAUCACGAGAGAUGAAUGGAGGGGAGGCAAAUAACAAUGCAGCUGCAAACGAUGGAACAGCAGGAGGCGCUUCUUCUGCUCACACUUCAACAGAAGGUCAAGGAAUGGCUACUUCAUCGGGAUAUGACUAUGAAGUAUUUUUGAGUUUCAGAGGACCAGAUACUCGAGCAACUUUUACUGACUUCCUUUACACUAGUCUGAUAGAUGCAGGAAUCCGCGCAUUUAAGGACGAUGAAGACCUCCGCAAAGGGGAAGAGUUUGCCUCAGAACUUCUCCAAGCAAUUAAUCAGUCAAAGAUCUCAAUACCUAUAUUUUCGAAAGGUUAUGCCUCUAGUGUAUGGUGUCUCAAGGAGCUAGUCCAGAUGGUCAAGUGCCAGAAAACUAGGGGACAAAAGAUUAUGCCCGUUUUCUAUGAUGUGGCACCUUUAGAGGUUCGACACCAAACUGGGGGUUAUGGAGAGGCCUUUCUGUCACAUGAAAACAAGAAGCGAUAUGAUGAAGAGACUAUGCGUGAGUGGAAGGCUGCUCUCAAAGAAGUAUCAUUUCUAAACGGAUGGGAGCUGCCCACCAGGCGAGAAGCUGCGUUCACAAAAACACUUACCCAGAAGGUUUUUAAUGAGUUGAAAAAGGCUUAUCUGGUGGUAUCAAACAACUUGGUCAAUGUCGACCAGCAUGUGGAUGAAAUCAUGGAAAUGAUAGGUAUUCAGACAAGCCAAACACAGAUUAUAGGAAUAUAUGGGAUGGGUGGCAUUGGAAAGACGACUAUUGCCAAAAUCAUCUACAAUAAGCUUUCAAACAAUUUCGAGGAUUGUUGCUUUCUUUCCAACAUCCGUGAAAUGUCAAAACUCAAGGGCAUGGAAUGCUUGCAGACUCAGCUCAUCUCUGACAUCCUCAAAACAAAAUGGAUAGACAUUAAAAGCAUUGAUGAAGGGACUCAGACAAUUAAAGAUAGGUUGUCUAAUAAAAGAAUCCUCCUUCUUCUUGAUGAUGUGGAUGAAGAUAAUCAUAUGGAUGCACUUGUAGGUGAGCGUGAUUGGUUUGGUACAGGGAGCAAACUUAUUAUCACUACUAGAAAGAAAGAUGUUCUUGAUGUUCCCGUAGUGGACUGCAGGUACGAGGUUAACUGCAUGGAUCGCAAUCAAUCUCUUCAACUCUUUAGCAAACAUGCCUUCAGAAGAGAUUAUCCUUUGGACGAAUAUAUCAACCAAUCCAAGAAGGCAAUAGACAUUGCUGGAGGUCUUCCGUUAGCUCUUGAGGUUAUAGGUUCACUUUUGUCUCGCAUUCCAAAGAAAAAGUGGGAUUUCACAUUGAAGAAGUUGGAUAGUGUUCCUGAUGCAAAAAUUCAGAAGAAGCUAAAAAUAAGCUAUGAUGCAUUAGAUGUUCGGGAAAAGCAUAUAUUCCUAGAUAUAGCUUGUUUUUUCAUUGGAUAUAACAAAGACAUUAUGGUUCAUUUUUGGGAUGAAGGUAAACUUUUUCUAGAAGAAGCCAUGGAAGUUUUGCAGAACAUGUCUUUGAUAAAGAUUAACGAGGAUAAUGAAGUGUGGAUGCAUGACCAACUCAGAGACCUAGGAAGAGAAAUGGUGCGUCAAGAAAGUAACAUGAAAAUAGAGAAGCAAAAUAGAGUGUGGAAUCCUAAGGAAGCAUUGGUUUUGUUGAGGAGACAUGAGGGAAAACAAAAAGUUGAAGCUCUUCGUCUCAAGUUUGACCAUCAGUGGCAGUAUUGUUUUACCUUGGAGGACCUUAUGAGACUAUCAAAUCUAAGGUUCCUUGAAAUUGAUGGUUCCAUGGAAAAUUUCUGUGCAGAAGAGAGGCUUCUUUGGCAUGAAUUGCCAUCAAAUGUUAUUCCAACUAAUGAUUAUCAGGAGAAUUCAAAUCUCCUUCCACAAUUACAAUGGCUUUCUUGGCAUAAUAUUCCCCCGACAUUUAACAUAACAAUUUUCUCCAUGGAGAAUAUGGUUAUUGUUGAUCUAUCUGGGAGUAAAAUUACGCAUGAUUGGAAUGGGUGGAGCCGCAUGAAGGUGAUAAAGAAUUUGAGAGUUCUGAACUUGACCGAUUGUUAUUGCUUGAAGAGAACUCCCAACUUCUCUGCUCAUGCAAAUUUAGAACGUUUGAUCCUAUGGGGUUGUACCGAAUUAAUCGAAAUUGAUAGGUCGAUUUGUCAGUUGAAACGCUUAGUUUCCUUAGAUGUGAGACACUGUCGGAAUCUUCAAAGGCUGCCAUACGAGCUUGGCGGAGAACUUACAAGCCUUGAAUACCUAUCUUUAGAGUACUGCUUGUUGUUGAAAAGGCUUCCUGAUUCAAUCGGGAAUUUGGAAUUGCUAAUUGAGUUGGACAUAUCCAACACGAAUAUUGGCGAACUACCCGAUUCCAUUAGAAACUUGAAAAAUUUGAAAGUAGUGAAGAUGACCGGAAGUGCCAUCAGCAUAAUACCCGAUGCCCUUUGGACGAUGGAAAAGCUUGAAAAAAUAGAAGCCGCGUAUAACCAUGACUUGCAUGUGGAAAUUGGCAAUGGCAUCUAUAGAAGUCCAUCCCUGAGAAUCUUGAAAUUGAGUUGUGCUGAAAUAUAUGCAGUACCAAGGCUUCCUGCAAGUCUUCUCAUUCUACAUUUGUCUACCUUGUCCAUAAACACGUUUCCAGAUCUCUCAAACUUGAUGAAUUUAAAGGAAUUGUAUUUGCGCUUUGGCCCAUGUGCUUAUGAUGUGAAAUCUUAUGAGCUUGUGGAAGAUUCAAUUCCAGGGUGGAUUGGAAAGUUAAGCAAACUAGAGUCUCUGAGCCUGUACUAUGAUUAUGUGACCACCUUACCUACAAAUAUUGGUCUCCUUCCUCAACUCAAGGCACUUAACCUUGGCUGCUCUAAUUUGCGUUGCCUCCCGAGGGUUCCCUCAAAUUUAUUAUCCUUACUUUUGUACGAUUGCCGAUCACUUUUAUCAAUGGAUCUGUCGAAUUUGAGGAAACUAUCAUCUCUCGCGAUUUCGUCCUCUGCAAUUUCAGAGAUUCGAGGCCUUGACCGUUUGGAGAACGUGCAAGAUUUGCGGCUUUCUAACCUUGGACAGGUAGAGAAAUUAACUGGUCUAAGUAAUCUAAACAAACUACGAAGUCUUCAAGUACUAAAUUGUGGUAAGCUAGUUGAGAUUCAAGGUGAGCUACCAAAAUCUUUGGAAGAAUUGGGGAUAUUUUCCUGUGAUUCUUUACAGAAGUUGCCUGAUCUGUUGAGCUUGAAGAGACUGCAAAAGGUUGACAUAAUUGAUUGCAUGAAAUUAAAUGUGGAGGCAAUUCUUGGCUUUGCUCAGAGUAGUCGGGCAUAUUUGUGA